GGAGAAACGGAAGUGGGCGUGGACGGAGGCGAAAGGAGGUCACGUGUUUGGGCGGGAGAGGGGCGGGGUGGGAGAGCUAGUGCGUGCGCGGGGCAUGCCGGGAGUGGUUGUGUACCGUCGGCAACAGCAGGUGAAGCCUAGCAGAGGACGCGGCCAGGCGAUUCGGUGAAGCGAUUCCUGCAGGCGUUGGUUCCCCUCUUUGUCCUGGUAAAGGCAGGCUUUUAUGCGAGAGGAUUUGAAUUUGUUGAAAUGAGCAGUCGUAAAUCAAAGAGUAACAGCUUAAUUCACACAGAGUGCCUUUCACAGGUACAAAGAAUUUUACGUGAAAGAUUUUGUCAUCAGAGUCCACAUAGUAACCUAUUUGGAGUGCAAGUACAAUACAAACACUUAAGUGAGCUGCUGAAAAGAACCGCUGUCCAUGGAGAGAGUAACUCUGUCCUUAUUAUCGGACCCCGAGGAUCAGGAAAAACUAUGUUAAUAAAUCAUGCUUUGAAAGAACUCAUGGAAAUAGAAGAAGUGAGUGAAAAUGUAUUACAAGUUCACUUAAAUGGACUGCUGCAGAUCAAUGACAAAAUCGCACUAAAGGAAAUCACAAGGCAGUUAAAUCUGGAAAAUGUAGUUGGAGAUAAGGUUUUUGGAAGCUUUGCUGAAAACCUUUCAUUUCUUCUGGAAGCUUUAAAAAAAGGUGACCGAAUUAGCAGUUGCCCAGUGAUCUUCAUAUUAGAUGAAUUUGAUCUUUUUGCUUAUCAUAAAAACCAAACACUUCUCUAUAAUCUUUUUGACAUUUCGCAGUCUGCACAGACCCCAAUAGCAGUUAUUGGUCUUACGUGUAGAUUGGAUAUUUUGGAACUCUUAGAAAAAAGAGUGAAGUCAAGAUUUUCUCACCGGCAGAUACACUUAAUGAAUUCAUUUGGUUUUCCACAGUAUGUUAAAAUAUUUAAAGAACAGUUAUCUCUACCUGCAGAGUUUCCAGACAAGGUUUUUGCUGAGAAGUGGAAUGAAAAUGUUCAGUAUCUCUCAGAAGAUAGAAGUGUGCAAGAAGUACUACAGAAGCAUUUCAAUAUCAGCAAAAACCUGCGGUCAUUACACAUGCUAUUGAUGCUUGCUUUAAAUCGAGUAACAGCAUCACACCCAUGUAUGACUGCCGUAGAUCUAAUGGAGGCAAGCCAACUGUGUAGCAUGGACUCGAAAGCAAAUAUUGUACAUGGUCUGUCAGUCUUGGAAAUCUGUCUUAUAAUAGCAAUGAAACAUUUAAAUGACAUCUAUGAGGAAGAGCCAUUUAAUUUUCAAAUGGUCUAUAAUGAGUUUCAGAAGUUUGUUCAAAGGAAAGCGCAUUCUGUUUAUAAUUUUGAAAAACCUGUUGUCAUGAAGGCUUUUGAACACUUGCAGCAAUUAGAAUUAAUAAAGCCCAUGGAGAGAACUUCAGGAAAUUCACAGAGAGAGUACCAGCUGAUGAAACUGCUUUUGGAUAAUACUCAAAUUAUGAAUGCUCUACAGAAAUAUCCCAAUUGUCCUACAGAUGUGAGGCAGUGGGCAACAUCCUCACUAAGCUGGUUAUGAAUAUAACCAGUGACUUUAACUUUGGCAUUUCAUUCAUACUUCUGUAGAGAAUGAAAAACUUGUCCAUUAACGUGAUACGCUAAACAUUCUAUAAACAUUUUUGUAUUUAUGUGAGACUUGCAAAUCUGCUGUCUUGGCUGUGUCUUGCCUUUUAAUCAUGAACAGUUACAUGAUUUAUAAUUUCAGUGAUUGAGAUUACUUUGUAAGUAGCUGUUCAGAAGAAUAAAAUAUGACUGUUUUAGGGACUAGACCAUGUGCUUUUUUAACACAUAUAUAAUGGUCUGUUUGAAGAGCUCACUUCAACCUAACAGCUAGAUGUCUUUACAAACCUUAAACCAAAGGAGUAAAAAAACAAUGGUAAGCACCGAAGUAUAAUAAGUAACCUUUGGUACAGCAGGUUUGCUGCAGUGUUUUUUUCUGUCCACAUGCAAAUUUUAGAUUCUAUCCCAGACCCAGGUUUUCUAGUUCAGGAGACUAACCAGCUUAGAAGAUGGUUCCAUGGAAGAAAAAGGCCAAGGAGUUUGAAGAUUUUUCUUCUAGACAUCUCAAAAUGUGGUACUCAUACCAUCUACAUCAGAAUCCCUUGUAGGAUUUUUUUUUUUUUUUUUUUUGAGACAAGAGUCUCGCUGUCGCCCGGGCUGGAAGGCUGGAGUGCAGUGGCGCGAUCUCGGCUCACUGCAAGCUCCGCCUCCCAGGUUCACGCCAUUCUCCUGCCUCAGCCUCCCGAGUAGCUGGGACUACAGGCUCCCGCCACCUCGCCCGGCUAAUUUUUUGUAUUUUUAGUAGAGACGGGGUUUCACUGUGUUAGCCAGGAUGGUCUCGAUCUCCUGACCUCGUGAUUCGCCUGCCUCGGCCUCCCAAAGUGCUGGGAUUACAGGCGUGAACCACCGCGCCCGGCCGGAUUUUCUAAAAUUACAGAUUGUUGAGCCUACCAUAGGUCAAAAGGAUUGGAAUUUGCCUUCUUAACAAAUACAGUCAUGGCACCACAUAGCAUUUUGGUCAGUGACAUUGUAUAUAUAAGGGUGGUCUCGUAAGAUUAUGCCAUAUUUUUACUGUAUCUUUUCUAUGUCUAAAUAUACAAAUGUUUACCAUUGCGUUACAGUUGCCUAUAGUAUGAUUACAGUAACAUUCUGUACAGUGCUGUAGCCGAAGAGUAAUAGGCUAGGCUAUCUGUAUAGCCUAAGUGUGUAACAGGCUAUAUACAUACCAUCAGGGUCUGUGUAAGUACACUCUGAUGUUCAUACAGUGAUGAAAUCACCCAAAGACACAUUUCUCAGAACAUAGCCCCACCAUGAAGUGACAUGACUGUACCAGAGAUUUCUGGAAAAGCACUCCCAAAAGUAAUGAGAUGUGUAUGGCAAUGUUAACUGAACCUGUUUGUAUCAAAAAGUAAAUCCCUAUGAGGAAUGUGGAAAUGUCAAUCAAAGCAUUGUCUUUUAAGUAAGUAAGUAAGUUCCAAGAUCCAUGAAUUAACAGAGGCAUAUAUUUAAAAUGAAAUUUAAUAAGCACUUAGUGACUUCAUUUGUUCAAGAAUAUUUGAUUGCCUAUUGUGUGCAUGGAAGGUUUACAAAAGACAGACUGUCCCUAUGCUUGUGCAGCUUACAAUCCAUUUAACUAACUAUUAGAGGCCCUGUGAGAUGUAGGCACUGUUAUUUACAGAUGAGAAAGCUAACACAGCAGUGGCAAUGCUGGGAAUGGCCAACAGGCUUGGAAUUCAACUCAGUUUCACACCAAAGCCAGUGCUAUUAAGACCUGAAGUUUGACAGUGGAUUCCUUACCAAGUAGUUUUUAAAGUAUGCUCUAAGGAACAAUGUUUUAAUGAAAUCUUGGAUACAAAGUGGAAUAAAAGAUUUCUGAGCAUAAAAGUAGCUCUUCAGUAGUUACAACCUAUUCUUUCUUUUGCACAUAGCCUUUCCUUCCCUGCAAAAAGUUAAGCCUUCUAAGUAUUCAGAUCCCUGUCAUUUACUUUUCAGCAGUCUCAUUCAAGCUAAGGCUUGCAUACUGAUUCUGUGCCAUAGUCUACAUUUUUAGGGGAUAUUUCACCAAAAUACUUAACAUGGUAACAUCACUAUUAUAUACUAGAAGCAAGAAUUUUACACUUAUGCUCUAAUUGAUCCUUUUAAACAUUUUCUGAACUAUUUGAGGAAAGUAUUAUUUGUCUUAAAGGGUAACAGCCUCAUGAAAUGACUUGAGGAUUGCAAUUUCUUAUUAGCUUAAGAUGUCACUUAAAAGCUGACAGCCCUCAUCUGUCUCAUUGGCUACAUAAGAGCUACAGAAGAUCCAUCAAUAACCAAGUAUACAGAUUUUAAGACUAAGUACCAAUUGAAGUAAACAUGAAACCGUUAUAAAGCAAAUUAAAAAAAUACAUUAGGAAAAGUUACACAAAUGAAGUAUAUGCCUAUUAUGUUCCCAAGGCAUUUCUGUGGGGAGGAACUUCCAUAUUCCCUCAUACAAAAAGGCUAAAAUCUAUUCGCAAGAAUUUUGAGCUAACUUCGUCUCUUAAAUUGCUUGAACUGUCAUCAAUAAAAACAAAUCUGAAAAACUCUAAAAAGCGGUUCAAGAAUAAUGUAAACUUAACUUAUACAUAUAGCUUAUUUUCUUCAUUUACUAGAGGAGGAAAAAUAGAACCAAAAAAACGCAUGAACUCUGAGGUAAUCAGACUGAAAAGCAGGUGAAGGAGGAAUAUUUCACUGUGUUUUUACAUCUGUGUUCCCUCCAAGUGGCCCACCAGAAACAGAAUUCUUGUUAAAAUGACUGAUUCUCAUGCAUGUGAAAGGCUCUGGGGAAUAAAUACCUGUUUGGUCCAAA